AUGGCUGGAGCACAAGCACAUUUCAAGGUGCAUCAUGGUGUUUUUCUUCUUGGUGCCAGCACAUCACUGCAGCCUGAGGAAUCUUCGGCUGCAGCAUACACGAGUUCAUUUUGUGUCAUGUCACAUCUCUCUGGAAACACAUUUGACAAUGAUUCAGAUGAAGAACCUUAUAUCGAAUCAGUUGCAAUUCCAGGGCCAAACACGUCAAAGGGAGACCUCAUGGAGGCACUUAAGGCACUGCAGGUUCAGCUUCAGAAGCUUGUCAAGGACAAUUGUACUCUUUGUGAGGAGAACAAAACUCUGGUCGCUGAGAAACCAAAACGAAAAUGUCGUGCGGAAGCACCUGAUGAACUUUUGGCCCAUGAGCAAACAAUAACACUCUUCACUCGUAAAUACAGCCUGACUGUUGAAAUGUUCCCUAAUUCCGACCUUCUCAGCAAGCCACGCCCCAAGAAUCCAACUCCAUUCAACAGCUGUGACUGGUACCUGACAGCGAUGAUGCAGGAAUCAGCAUUCUUGGAUGAACUUUUUCAGCACUUUCCCAAUUGCAUACACAGUGCCAUGCAAAGUUUGUAUUUCAGUGAUCUCGUAAUGAAGUCCAUUUCUGAGGCUCGCUCCUCAGAAAUCAAUAAGCUGCAUGGUGUCGCCGGCGAUAUCUUUGGCCUUCCAGGGAUGUACUUCGCCAAUACCAACUACCGCAGAGCUGAUGUCGCAGAAAUUCGGGACAUGCUUGGAGUGUCAGCGGCGAAUCCAAAGUACAAGACUUUUCCACUGGUCUUAUUUCUUGGAAUGCAGGAAGACUCAUCCUUGAAGACCAUAUUCAGAAACUGGGAGCUUUUGGCUAAGGUUCUGAAGGCUACACUACACGGUGUCACUUCACUUCAUCAAGAGACAACCAGCGGACCCAAGAUGAAUGCACGCAAAUGGAACUUCAAACAGGUCACACCAGGGUCCAUUGCAUGGGCUGCCAUCAUUUGUUGCUCAGUUGAUAUCACAGAAGUCUGGCUUAAGAAAGUCAUCCAAUAUAACUACAAGGAUCUAUUCUACCACUAUAAGAAGCUCUUACUCACAAAGUGGGAUAGCCGUUGCAUCCAGACUAUCGUUCAAAACAUCAACCGAGAAGUUUUUGGCUCCGCAAAGUCUUCUGCCUCUGGCCCAGCUGGUCAGGAAGAUCACUCCAGUGAAAUCAUUCGUGCCAUGAACGCACUUGAUAUGGACAGUGACAGUGAAUCAGAUUUAGAUUUACCUGGACCUGCCCCUGGACCAUCCUCUACAGCACAAGCCACCACUGCCUCUCGUCAGUCUGAUGUUUUCGAGGUGGCACAGCCUCCAGAAGAUUUUGCCCCACCUUUCAGUGCUAUUUCUACUCUCAGUACUGCCUCCGCCCUCAGCAGUGCUUCCAGAAAGCAUGCUGAAGUGCCUGUAAUGACGGGCCCAGAAGCCACUAAUACUAAUACUCCAGUUGUGGUGCAGGAUUCAGAUGGAGUAGGACAGCAGCCAACUCAAGGGAGAGGAAAGAAGAAGCUGCCUGCAGCCGCUGAAGGUGUUUGUCGUGGUGCUCGACGCACUUGCUAG